AUAUACAUAAAAUAUUCAUAUCGGUUCACAGAAAUAAAAAAAAUAUGAAAACAAUUGGCAACUAUGCUGUCAAAAGGCAUUUUUUCAGCGCGGCGGUGGUGUUUAACAAGUGCAAGGUGGUUAAAAAAUGGUUUGAAUAGUUUAAAUAUUUCCGUACCUGUUGCUUUUUCGGAGGAAGCAACCCGGACUUGCUAAUUAACUGAUUAUUACAACAAACUGAUUGUUGUCAACAAUAGACCGGCAAUUAACUAUCCAAAUUUUCAAAGGACAAUGAGCAGAUCUCAAGAGUUUGGUUCAUUUCCUCUCUCAGAGAUUCUGACCGAAUCUGAGCAUCAAGAGCUAUUAGACCAGGUCCCCAUCAAUUCAGAGGAGAUGCAUGCUAUUCUUGAACAACAAUCUUUUAUGCUAGACGAUGAAACAACAGCUUAUCUUGUUGAGGAUUACAAACAAGAUUUUAGUAAUAUUCAAGCACCAAUUGCUCAAAAGCAAUUCCCUCAGACUGAAAUUAUUGCUCAAAAUAAUAGUAAUGUUUUAUCUAAUGAAGAGUACAGUGGCCCUUACGAAUUUGAGGUAACUGUGAUUCCAAAUCACAAAUCUAAAAACCCAUGGGUGUACUCGCCUGUACUAAAUAAAGUAUUUAUGGACAUGGGCCAUCAGUUUCCAGUUGAUUUUAAAAUUAAAGAUCGACCAACCAAUGAAGUUUUAUAUAUUAGAAUAACACCCCAGUAUAGUUUACCUCAGCAUGCUCAGGAAACUGUUCAUCGAUGUAUUAUGCAUGAUCACCCAAUGGACCCUACAAAUAAGGGAAUACCUGAUCAUGUCAGAUCUCAUGUUAUCCGAUGUCUCAACAGCGAAUGUCAAUAUUUGGGAAACAAAGACUACAGUGAAAGGCUAAGUCUAGUAUUUCCAUUUUCACAACCUCAGAUUGGAUCAGAAAGUGUUAGGGAAAUGUUUCAAUUUGUAUGCAAAAGUUCAUGCGCUAGUCCUGGAAUGAAUCGGCGAGCGAUAGAAGUUAUUUUUACUCUUGAGAGUGAAUCUGGAAAAGUGGUUGGCCGAAAAUGUUUAAAUGUUAGAAUUUGUGCUUGCCCCAAAAGGGAUAAGGAAAAAGAAGAAAAAGAGCAUCAUAAAGAUAAGUAUGGCGGUUUACCGAAAGGCAAAAAAAGGAAACUUGACGGCAAUACUUCCUCCGGUAAAAUUAUUAUGAAUCCAGAGAAAGAGUUUAAGGAAUAUUCUGUGAAUCUCAAAAUAGUGGGAAAGCAAAAUUUGUUAAAAAUAUUAAAUUAUGCCGAGGAUUUAUUGGAGGCGCAGUGUUACCGCAAUCAGAAUAAUGGCUCGGGUGGAGAUUUGCCAUUCAAGAAAAAUUUGCUAGAUAUCCAGUCCCUAAAACAAAAUUUGAACUAGACCCAGUAACGUUUUUCUGAUUCCAGCUUAUUUUAGAAUUUAGGAAAAAUAUACUAUUUUUAUAUGUAUUUUGGAUAUAUAUUUUUUGGAUCAUGCAUUUAUGUUGUUAAACUAGGACAUGUAGUUUAAGUGAAGUAGAAAUAUUAUUACAAAAACAUUUAACUAUAGGGGAGAUAUGUAAUGUUUGUUGUAAGCAGGAAGGAUCACGUUGGUAAACUAUUUGUACCAUGCCAGAUUUAUUUGUUAAUUUCCUUAAAGCAUUAUGUAGUUAUUCCAUGAAAAACAUUUAAAUAUAAAAAGCAAGUUAUAGUUUCCAAAUCAUGCUACUAACAGGUGUCUAGUUGUUUGAAGUUUCAUUCGCAUUAAUAUUUGUUUAUUUAUUUAUAAGUACAUAGUAGUUUGUUGUAGUUGUAGUUAGUUAAGCUAGGAAAGUUAACUUUUUCUAAAAGUUGAUACGCAAUUUGCAUACAGAAAUUUUGUUGAAUGGAUUGCUGAAUUUCCCCUAUUGUUUAAUGCCUUUGAAAUAAUUAUUCCAAUGAAAAUAUUUGAACUAUUCAACCCAAAUUUUUAUCAUAAAUUUAUAUAAAAUUGAUGUGAGGGAAUAGUUUUAGGCAUAUUCAUUAGUUACUGAAAGCCGUGGAUCUCCAAGAAUUUCUUUUCAUGUAUGUGAUUUUUGACCUUUGUCUCUAACAAAUUUUCGGUGUUAAAGUUUCUCAAAAAUUAAUCAUUUUAUUUAUUUUCAAAGAUAUUUGAAAUAAAAAGGAUCUGCAAUUGCUCUAAAUUACUAACAAAUGUGUCUGAAAGUUUCCCCACAAAGUUAUUACCAGUUUUGGAUCCUCCAUCUAUACAACCACAAUUUUUUGUUGGUGUAUCUGUGAUGAUUAGUAUAAAAUUAAAAAACUAUUUUUGCGCUAUGCAGUCUUCCCAGUUUUUUGUACAAUAGUAUUUUCCUAUUGCGUUUUUAACAUGCAUAGUAUAAGAUUCAAGUGCCUUGUUUCUUUUGAUUUCUUGAGCAUCAAUUUUAUUUGUUUUUAUUUGAUAUAGUUUUUUAGGAUUAAGGUAUCAGUUGCUUCCCAAUUUGUGCAAUACUCCAAAUUCUUUUAGAGUGAAAAUGGAAACUGCACUUUUUUUUUAAUCGGCCUAUUUGAAAAAAUCAUUAUUGUUUUUAUGGUUUUUAUAUCGCGUAUUAUGUUUAUUAUGUAAGCAGCCUUUAUUUUCAAUGUUAAAAUUGGUGCCAUAUCACGCAUUUUAUUAGUAUACUAAGUAGUUUUAGAUAAUGAAUGUUAGGAUGACAAUUGUGACCGCUUUGAUGCGCAAUGUGGCAAUAUACAUUGUUUUUUAUUUUUAUAUGUCAUUAUAAUCUAAUUUUUUAUAUUGUCUACUUAUUUUCUAAUACAACAAUGAAAAAUUAAAUAGUUGUGUAAUCAUGCCUGGAAGAUGGUGGUACAUAUAUGUGAAUUUCAAAAGU